GUUGAAAUUUUUCAAAAAUGACUAUGAAAAUUUCAAUAUCGAAGGACUUUCAAAAAGCUUUAGAAACUAUUCAAAAACAGUGGCAAAAGGCUCAUGAUUCGGAAAAUGUAUUUCGUUAUAAACUUGAUGUUAAAGAUAAAAAAAUAUUGCAAGGCAGUAUGAAUUUCUUUUGUCAGCUGAACCCAGAAAGGGCAACUUUAAGAAGGUUACCACAACAAAUUGGUCCCCUUGACAAACCAUUUGAUGAUUCCGUUUUUAAUUUCAAAAAAAUUGCUAAAGCUGAAUAUCUACUUGAUGUAAUAUUUAAUGGAGCUUCUUAUAGCUUUAUCAUUAAUCAAAGUCCUUUAACAAAAUAUCAUUCAUUGAUAUGCCCGAAAUUGUAUUCAGGAUUACCACAAAAGUUAACACAAGAGGCAAUUUAUUUUGCAUUGUCAUUUAUGAAAUCUAUUGAGAGCACUGAUUUUAUCAUAGGAUAUAACAGUCCAGGUGCUUUAGCAAGUGUUAAUCAUCUUCAUUUACAUUUAAUGCAGAUUGAACAAAAGUUAUAUAUUGAAACUGUGGAACUAAAAGAAAUAAACGCAAACUUUUUUAGACCACAAAAUUGUCUGUUUGAUGAGGCAUUUUGCUAUGUUAUAAAACAAGAAAUGGAGCUUCAAAAAUCCGCUGAAGAUAUUUAUGAAUUUAUCAAGUUCCUUUGUAAAGAAAGCAUUCCCCACAAUUUAUCUAUUAUAAAGCUUCAAGAUCACGUCAUUAGAGUUUUUAUAUUUAUAAGGGAAAAUCCCUGUGUUGUAAAGGAUUAUACAAAAAUCAAUAUUGCUUUUUGUGAAUUUAGUGGUUAUUUUCCUGUCGGUGAUAAAAUCUUAUAUGAAAGCUUAAAUGAAGAGUUUUUAAUUAAAAAAAUCAAGUUAGAAACUGGAAAUUGUUUCGACAAAGUUAAGGCGUACGUAGAGACUUUACCAAUAGCCAAAAGCUAGAACAGAAAAUCAACUCGAUAAAUUUGGCUGUACUUUCUAACAAGUUUUAUUAGAAAAAAAAUGGAAAAAAGUAUAAAUUUUAUUUAUUUUAGUAAAAUUUUUAUUUUUUGAAAAUCAGUUUUAAAUAUAAAUAUUACUUUUUAUUAGGAUAACGAUUUUGUAAUUUUGUAAAAGUUUGAUUUAAUUAUGAUUAAAAUAUUAAUUAACUCGUUGAUACGAAUAUUAUAUACGGAAUGCAAAUUUAGUAAUCUGUUCUUCAUAAUUUUUACAUAAUGAGUGCAAAUUGGAUACCACCGUUUGCAACGUAACCCUUGAAAAUUAUUAAAAAAUUACAAAAUUUGUUAUUUAGAAUAAAAUACUAAUCUUAAGAUUAAUUAGGUUACUAAAAUUUUUAAUUUUCCAAUUUAAAAUGAAAUAAACAACUGU